AUGGCUUCCUCAUGUUGCUGGAGAUGUGUUUCCCACAUUCGCCCAGUAUACCCGUCUCGAGCGCUCUCACUACCAUCACAACCUUUAACCCUUCUCCGUACACCAGCCAUCUCCUCCUCUUUCCAUACCAGCGCGACACUCAAUGCUCUACCACCCAAGAAAGGGAAGAAUCAGAGUGUCGGACCUAAAUUCCGUCAAGCACGAAGCUCACGAGUCUCCCGAAAGGGCAAGCCAACCAAACCAGCUCGACGAAGCCCAGAGGAACGCAAAGCUUUGAGCCAUCGAAUCGUGCUAAGUAAUAACAAUGCGCUGGAAGUUACCGGCCUUCAGGAGCUCAGUGUGGCCAACCUUAGUGACCCAGAGCUUAGAACUCAAGUCGUUGGCCUGCCGAUGAACUUAGUCGAUAGGCUAAGAGCUGUUGAGGCCUUUAAGAGGAGCCAGGGAUGGAAUCUAUUCAGACGGCCCUGCACUGUGGUUAGGAAGGAGACAGUGGAUCUGGGUAGAUUAAUUGAGCAGAUUAGUGAGAGGGAGAAGGGCCCGGGGGCAGCAAUGAGCAUUGUCACAGGCGGUAAGCGUACGGGGAAGAGUGUCCACCUGCUCCAGGCCACUACCAUGGCUUUCUUGAAGAACUGGAUUGUUGUCACAAUCCCAGACGCCUGGGAUCUGGUCAAUGGAACGACCGCCUAUGCUCCUCUCCCUAACUCACAACCAAUCAAAUACUUCCAGAAAAAUGCCACCGCGAGCCUUCUCAAACGCAUAGCCGAAGGAAACCAGGAUGUGCUCUCGAAGCUGCAUAUCUCCCGAUCACACCCCAAUGUGAAGGACCCUGGGCUCUCCCUCCUCGAGCUCGCAAACAUUGGUAUCCAGCAACCAGACCUCUCAUGGCCGAUAUUCCGCUCCCUCUGGUCCGAGCUUACGGCAACCGGACCAGCAAUGAACACCAAGGGCACAAAACCAUUCAAGGCCCGCCCUCAGAUCCUAGUCACGGUCGACAACAUCGCUCACUGGAUGGCCGAAACAAGUUACCGCAGCGCAGAGUACAAGCCUAUUCAUGCCCAUGACUUUACGAUUGUCGAGCACUUCCUCUCACUGGCCCGCAUGGAGCCUAAGAAGGCACUUCCAAACGGUGGCCUUGUCCUCUACGCAACGGCUACCUCAAACUCUCUCAGGCUGCCUUCACUGGAACUCGGAAUCAAGCAGGUUGCUGCUCGACAAGCCGGUAUCAGCCCAUCGUCUCCUGAUUUCCCUGUCAUGUACGGCAAACUCGAUGAUCGUGUAGUCUCACUCUUUGCUCAGGCAAAGGGGCUGGGCCACUUGGAGCUGAGUGGUCUGUCCAAGGAUGAGGCUGCUGGUUUGUUGCAGUACUAUGCACGGAGCGGUCUGUUGAGAGAGCGUGUUGACGGGCAGCUGGUUGGCGAGAAGUGGGCCCUGUCUUCUGGUGGUAUUGUCGGCGAGCUAGAGCUUCUGGGCCGUCGUCUACGGGCUCUACCCCUUGCUGCUAGUCAGUAG